AUGGGCGAGGACAUCGACGCCGGGGGCGGCGCGGCGAGCCCAGCAGAGCGCCGCCCUCUGCAGCCGGGGCGGGCCCACCUGGCCUCCCGCGACGAGAGGCAGGCUCUGCAGCGUGUCGCGGCCGGCGGCAUGUGCGCAGGGCAGAUCGGCGCGGCCAUCCUCGCGGCCCUGGCUGCGCGCGACUCGCCCCUCGGUGAUUGCGCGAGGCGCCACCUCACGGGCCAGCCAGGGCAGGGUGGGAAGCGGCAGCGGGAUGUCCUUCCGCUCCCUGUCCCGAGGGGCGAGGCCGCAGUCGAGGCAGCGCUUGAGCGGCUUCUGCGCGCCGGCGGUGUCAAGGAGGGCAGGCAGGGGCGCCCCGAGAGGGGGCGGUUGGUCGCGAUCGGAGCUUGGCAGAUACUUUGCAUCGUCGCCCUGAACUGGAUGUACAGCGCUGGUGGGAGGAUCUGCGGGCUCGACUGGUGCGGACAUAGACCCACGGUCGCUCAGCUCGCGUCCCUCGCCCACAUUCGGGCCCAGUGCGAGGCCUUGGUGGACCGGGUCGACGAGGAGACCGGCAGGGCAUGCACUUCGCCCACGGUCGACUUUGUCUCCAUGCUGGCCCGGAAGCGGCUGAGCUACGGAGGCGACGAGGUCUCCCUCCCCGAACCGCUCACUCUGGCGGAGCUUCUCCCCGGGCCCCCUGCUCGCGGUGAGGCCGCCUCGGUCGACCCCCUCGCCAUCGCGAGUGCGGAGGUCAGGGAGGCGCUGCUUCACCCUGAGCGCGUGCGCGACCCAGACGGGAUCUGCACCGCGCAGGCGGCGGCCAAGGUCCACGCCACCCCGCGCGAGUGGGCCUCCAUCGUCGCGGAGCUCUUGGGCCGCGGGGUGUUUGAGGAGAUCCCCUACGACAGCAUCGCGCGGGUCGGCGGCCAGCCCCUCCUCAACGGGGCGUUCGGGGUGGAGAAGGCGGGCGUCCCGAUCCCGCCCGCCACUCGGGUGCUCCGGCUGAUCAUUAACAUGGUCCCGAGCAACCGCGUGCAGAGGCCAAUCGACGGCGACAUCGGGUUGCUCCCCGUGGGCGGGGAGCACCACGUGACGCUCCUCGCGGAUGGGGAGACGCUCCUGUGGAGCAGCGACGACAUCAAGGGCUGCUUCCACGUGUUUCGCCUUCCGUCAUGCUGGCGGCCUUGGAUGGCCCUCUCGGCGCCCGUCGACCCCCUCGCGCUCGGGCGGGCCAAGGGCCCCCUGAUUUGGGUGGCGGUUGCAGUCGUUCCGAUGGGGUGGCUCUCUGCCGUGGGCAUCGUCCAACACUUGUCCAGGCAGAUCGUCCUGGGCGGCGCGCCGGGACAUAGGUCCCCCGCCGCCUCGGCCGAGCUCCGUCGCGGCGCAGCUUACCCUCUCCAGCUUCACCGCCUCCCCCGGGCGUGGUGGAAGGUCUACGUGGACAACGUGGACUUUGGGGAGGUUGUCAGCGAGGCCGCCGCCCGUGACCUCGUGGGCCAGGUUUCGGUCGAGCAGUUGGCGGUCCGCGCUGCCCCCGAUCGCUGGGGCAUCCGGCGAAAUGAGACUAAAGUCGUCGAGCGUUCGCCGAUGGCCGUCAGCAUGGGGUCUGGCGUUGAUGGGCGUCUCGGUCGGGUCGCCCCCGCACUCCCCAAAUUGCUGCUGCACCUAGCCCUCACAUGCUGGGUGCUGUCGCGGGCGGAUUGCGGCCCCCUCUGGGUGGCAGCGGCGGCCGGCAGGUGGUGUUUCGAUUUCGGCCACCGGCGUGCCGCGUUCGGCACCCUCGACGCGAUCUGGAAGGAGAUCGCCUCCUGGAAGGGCCGCCGGCCGGUCUCCAGGCGCGGGGGUGACGAGUUGUACAUGGCCUGCGCCGUGGCUCCGCUUGUCUACACCGACCUCCGGGCCAAGCUGUUCCCUCGGCCGCUCGCCACAGACGCUUCCGAGUCUGGCGGUGGCACGUGCGUUGCCUGUGGCCUCACGGAGGCAGGGUGGGCUGCUGCGGCAUCGGCCGCUGGCCCCCUGUCCUCCCUGGCCCCCGCCGGGCUCAUCGCGUUCGAGUUCUUCGGAGGCGCUGGGGGCUGGCGGCAAGCCCGCGACCGCAUUGGCGCCGCAGUGGUCCUCCGCGUCAUCUGCGAGAAGGAUCCGGCGGCGCGCGCUGUCUCUCGCCGGGCCUGGCCUGGCGGGAUCGAGUGGCCCGACAUCACCAAGGUCACCCGCGAGAUGGUCGCUGCUGUCCGGCGCGCGGCCACUGGGGCGACUGGUAUUUCGGUUUCGUGGAGCUUGCCCUUCCAGGAUUUGUCCGAGCACCGAUCGGCAUUGCUGUGGGAGAUUCCCAGGGUGGCGCGGCUGCUGGAGCUCGAAUUCGGCAGUCUCCCUUGGGUCGACGUCGUCGAGAACGUCGCCAGCAUGACGACCGAGUCGUGCACGCUGGUCUCCGAAGGGCUCGGCCGGCACCCUGUCCUCAUCGAUGCUGCGGGGAUUUCGCGAGCUCGCCGCCCCAGGCUCUUCUGGUGCAGCUUCCCCGUUGGCGACGGGUGCGGGCGGCGCGCCUCGCCGCUCUUCGACGUCAUCGAGCUCGAGGCGGAGGUGGGGCCCACGGAGAUUUGGAUGCUCCCUGAUGGCUGCUGGGAUUUGGGGUCGUCUGCGAGGCUCCCGGCAUUCACCCGGGCCGUCCCCAGACUGGCGCCGCCCCCAGCCCCCGCGGGCCUGCGAGAGUGCAAGGCCCACGAGAGGGCGCGGUGGGCGGCGGGCGAGUACCGCUUCUCCCCGUUCACCUACCGGGACGCCUGCACGUUGGCGUCGGCGGAGGGCGGCCGGCGCGUGCUGCAGGCGCCGGAGAGGGAAGUGCUCUUGGGGUUCUGGCCCGGGCACACAGAGCCCGCUCGGCCGAGCUCAGCGCGCUCCGACGACACCGCGAGGUGCGCCCUCCUUGGGGGCAGCCUUCACGUGGGCGUCGUCGCGUGGCUCCUCGGGCAGGGCCUUCAGGCGGCGGGCCUCAUCGAAGCCCCGCCCACGGCCCCCGAGAUCCAGCGAGCCUUCUGCAAGGAACUCGCUGCUCGAGCCCGCGGCGAAAGGCCUCGGACGGUGCUCCCCCUCUUAAGGGGCCGGGUCGCCGCGGCCCCGUGCGAGGGCUUGGAGGCCCCCGGGGCCAGCGGGCGGGCCUCCGCAGGCGCCCAGGGCGAUAGGGUAGAACAUGAGGACGAAAUUACCCUAUCGCCCCCCGCUUCCGCCGGGGCCUCCGCGAACGAGCUGUCGGCAGCGAGGGCAAUUGUUUAUGGCCUCCUGCGACAUGCCGAUCGCCGCGGCUCGGACGUUCGGCUAGACAUAGGUCUGCCGUUCCGGGCCAAGGUGCGGCCUCGAGCCCCAAUUGCCUCAGACCGAUGGGCGUGGCAGACGGUGCUCGCCCAUGGCUGGAAGAAGCAAGGGCGGCACAUCAACGAAUUGGAGUUGCAGGAAGUGUUGGCGGCGCUGAAAUGGUUCGCUCGGAGGGCGGAUCGCCACCACUCGCGCCUCGGCAUUCUCAUCGACUCCCAGGUGGCCCUCUCGGUGUGCGCGAAGGGGAGGUCCUCGUCGCGAAGGCUGAACCACCUGGUGCAGCGCAUAGACGCACAUAUUCUCGCAUGUAACCUCUACCCCUUCUACGGCUACGUGACCAGCAAGAUGAACCCUGCGGGUGCCCCCUCGCGACAGCGCGAGCGUGGGCGUCCGCCAGACCCCUCCGAGGAGGUUUGCGCAGCGCCCCCAGGUCGGCCUUCCGAGGCCCCGGGUAUGCUCGCUGUCCGACACGGGCGGCUGAGCGACCUGCCGGAUCAGGUCGUUAAGCCGGCCACCCUCCGACGCUACCGGGCGCAGGUGGAAGCUUUCCGCGCCUGGCAGAGGUCAGAACAGGGGCCCCCUGACGAUCCCGAUGACACUGAUCAGAGUGUAAUGGAGUACCUCGAAAAGCUUUGGGCCGAAGGCGAGCCUAAAAGCUACGCCAACGAUUUGGUGGCAGGGCUCCAGCACUUUGCCCCGCGCCUCCGCCGAAGGCUCAACGGAAGCUGGAGGCUGUUGGGCGCGUGGGCUAAAGCUGAGCUCCCGGCUCGAGCCCCCCCCGUGCCGCGUGCCGUCGCCAUAGGGCUGACUGGCUACGUUGCGGCAAUGCAUAACUUUGCCGUGGGGGUCGUGUGGCUUGUCGGAUUUCAUUGUUUUCUCAGGUCAGGGGAGAUGUUCGGCAUCCGCGCGCGCGACGUUUCGUUCGCGCGGGACUGCAGUUCAGCCGUCAUCAACCUGGGCCUCACCAAGACUGGGAAGCGCCAAGGUGCUUCGGAGAGCGUCACGGUCUCGGACGCUGUGGUCCUCGCAGCUCUCCGAAACUUGGUGCAGAAGCGGAGGCCCGGCGAGCUGCUGGCCCCCCUCUCGGGACCAGGCCAGCGAGCGCUAUUCAAGAAGGCUUGCGAAGAGCUGGGCCUCCGCGACCACGAAUUUAGCCUCUACAGCUUCCAGUGGGGUGGCGCCACCCACGAUUUCGGGUACCACGGCCUCCUCGACCGGACAAUCGUGCGAGGGCGGUGGUCAAACGGGCGCACCGCCAGGAUUUACAUCACAGAAGGGCUCGCGAUGCUGGGCGAUCAGCGCCUCUCGCCGGAGUCCCGUGACGCCUUGAAAACGGCCGCCAAGUUUUGGCGUCCAGAGCUGGGGGCUGUGGAAGGUUCGACGUUCCUCGGGUCUUUCCAUAGGCGUGGGCUGGCUUGCGACGCGGCGUUGACGGAAAUGCAGACCGGGCAGCGAGGGCUUGGGUUUGCCGAGUGUGGCCAGUGCAGGUUUGGCGGCGUCCACAGUAUCGGGAUCCAAAAGGUCCGAAAGGGAUCCGGUUGCCGUUCGGCUUGGCCGAGUUCCUCAAGGCGAUGA